ACUGGACCCGAGCUGGGGCUCAGGGACAUCGCAGAAGAGGGUGUUUCUCUUCAGACGGGCGCAGAGCCAUGUAUAUAUAAACCCUGGAGCAGCAGCCCGGGAAGAUUGUUUAGCACAACCACACCUCGGCUCACUUGGCAGCACGGCGAGGCGCUGCCGGGAGUGCCGGCGGCUGAACCCCGAAGUACACGAGCGUGGAAGUGAUCUGCCCAUGGGCUCCCGCUGGCUGCUCAUACUGAUGCUGCUUCAGGCAGUUUGGGAAGGUGCUCUGGGAAAAUCGCAUUCACUGCACACUCGAGGAAUCAUUGAGUUGGCUGGAGCUAUAUCAUGUGGCACGGGACGGUCUCCCUUGGCAUAUAUUGGCUAUGGAUGCUACUGUGGACUGGGAGGACGAGGCUGGCCUAAAGAUAAAACAGACUGGUGCUGCCACAUGCACGACUGCUGCUACGACAAGGCAGAGAAGGCAGGCUGCAGCCCCAAGGUGCAGCGCUACCGGUGGGCGUGUGAGCAGAACACCGUGCAGUGCGGUAACCUGACAGACCAGUGUGAAAAAAUGGUGUGCCUGUGUGACCAAGAAGCAGCCAAAUGUUGGGGAGCAGCCCCAUACAACCCACACUUCAUCCUCUGGCCAGAUUUUUUAUGUGGACGGACUCAUCCCACCUGCCAUGUCAGAAAUGGGGGGCCAGAAUAGUCUUUUUAGGACCUUUCUUCUAACCCUUUGAAUACAAAGGUGCUGCAAUAAAAUUCUUCCUCCUUUACCAGAGCUAACAAUGGUGUGAGAGAAUUUCUAUCAGGCCAGGGUUUAUGGGGAGGAGAGACAGACCAGGCAGGCGCAGUGGUGGAGUUGCCCUCUAUGUGAGGCAACACAUGGAAUGUAUCGAGCUCUGUCUUGGGGUGGACAACGAGCAAGUUGAGAGCUUAUGGGUUAGGGUAAAGGGGCAGACUAGUAAGGGUGACAUCAUUGUGGGGGUUUGCUCCUGGUCAGGAGGAAGAAGUGGAUGAGGCCUUCUACAGGCAGCUUGAAGCAGCCUCAGUCACAGACCCUGGUUCUGGUGGGGGACUUUAACUACCCUGACAUCUGCUGGAGAAGCAACA